UGUGACAACUAGCCCCGGUGAUCAAUUGUCAAGCGCGUGAUGAUUCCGUGACUUGCUCAGGAGGGCGGGGAGCCUCGAGAGAGAAUGAGGGAGCAGAAAACGAGCAUCCUCAAAUAACACCGCUUGGAAACGAGACACUGGAUUUUAAUUAAAGAUUAUUCGCUUGAGGAAGUGAAUGACAUUAGAACAUCAGGCAUGUACUCUGAGGAGUGGAGCAGAAAUCGGCAGGGUAGAGAGAAGGCUGUGAUCACGAAUUUCAGCUUCAGUCAGCUGCCAGAGGAGGAGAAUAGGGGUCGGAUAAAAUCUCACAGUUUUCAUGACUCAGAGGAAUCCAUUCCUGAUGAUCGCUACCAUGGCAUUUACUUUGCCAUGCUGUUGGCUGGUGUUGGCUUUCUACUGCCAUACAAUAGUUUCAUCACCGAUGUGGACUACCUCCACCACAAAUUCAAAGGCACCUCUAUUGUGUUCGACAUGAGUUUGACGUAUAUUAUGGUGGCUCUCAGUGCUGUCAUUGUGAACAACGCUCUUGUGGAGAGACUGAGCUUAAACACUCGCAUCUGUGUGGGAUAUCUAUUUGCAUUGGGACCUUUGGUGUUUGUGAGUGUAUUUGACGUCUGGUUGGAGCUGUUUGACACUCAGCAGUCCUAUGCUCUUACUCUAGCUGCAAUUGCCAUUGUUGCAUUUGGAUGCACAGUGCAGCAAUCCAGUUUCUAUGGUUACACUGGGAUGCUGCCCAAGAGGUACACACAGGGCGUGAUGACUGGAGAGAGCACUGCAGGAGUUAUUGUCUCUCUGAGUCGGAUUUUCACAAAGCUGCUGGUGGAAGACGAGAAGAAAAACACCAUCAUCUUCUUCCUGUUCUCUGUCUCAAUAGAGACGCUCUGUUUUCUGUUACACGUGGUGGUCCGACGGACACACUUUGUCCGUUAUCACACCGAUAGAGCUCGCCACAGCUGGCUCAAAGGACAAAUUAAUAAUUUUACGACAAAAAACCACAGUGGCUAUCAGAUACAUUAUGACAGCAGCGCAGAGGAAGAGGAUGGAGUGGUGUCAAGCACAGUUGACGAAGCUGAGGCAGUUAAUCUGGGUCACGGUUCCCAUGGAGACGGAAUAUACGUCAGGUUUGACGUGCCCAAACCAGACACCAAAAGGACCUGGAUGAGCGUGAAGGAGCUGCUGGAUCAGAGGUGUGCUGUUGCUCGGAUGAUCUGGCCCUAUAUGCUCUCAAUUUUGGUGACAUAUUUCAUCACACUGUGUCUGUUCCCUGGUUUGGAGUCAGAGUUACGCAAUGAUACUCUGGGAGAAUGGCUGCCUAUUCUCACCAUGGCUCUGUUCAACAUGGCAGACUUUGUGGGCAAGAUCUUAGCAGCGUGUCCAUAUGAGUGGGGUGGUGUGCAGCUGCUGGUGUGUUCAUGUUUUCGGGUCCUCUUUCUGCCUCUGUUUGUGAUGUGCGUGUCGCCCGUGCAGCACCCUCUGCUGGCGCACCCAGCCUGGCCCUGCUGCCUGUCUUUGAUGCUGGGAAUCAGUAAUGGAUACCUUGGCUCUGUACCAAUGAUACAGGCGGCAGGCAAGGUGCCACUUCAACAGCGAGAAGUGGCAGGGAACACCAUGACGGUAUCAUAUAUGGCGGGACUGAUGCUGGGGUCUGCUGUGUCUUACUCAACAUACAGCCUGACCUCACAGGCACAUUCUACUCACACACUGAAACUCAACAGCACACUCACAUUACAGAGCUAUAUGCCUGGCCAUUGAGCGUCUUUAUCACAUACACACUGUUUUGUAUAAUUGUUAGUGUAAGAAUAAAGAACAUUUCCAGAGACUAUCCUUGCUGAAAAUACCAACUUAGACCAGAGUUUGCAUACUGAUCCAGUCUGGUUUAUGCAUGGAAAGUCUGCUGGUUAAGCAAGUGAAGAAUCCCAGUUUGGGACACCAGCAUAUUAGAAUUUCAUUGUACGGAACAGUAUCCAAAGCACAACAUGUGCUGGUGAGCAGCUACAUAUGCGGAUUUGUUCAUCAGGGAUGUUGGCUUAUAUAAAAUGUGUUGAUAUAUUCAUUAGAGCAUUAUCUAAGACUGUCUGAAUAACCAUCACCUUGCUAAAUGAAUCGAUGUAUUGAGUGUUCCUGUCAUGUUUAAAUGUACGGCCACUGUGUGUAAUUUACUGUAAGGUAUGCUUUGUAAUUCUACUUAAUGGCUGGUUGUUAUAGUCGUGUUGGUGUCUUAUUUUAGAUUAUGACCCUCCACUUUGACCUGUUUAAACCAAGGUUAGGUAACCAAUAGUUUCAUUAUUCACCCAUUGAGGUAAAUCUGUAGGAGGAAGGAUUUACAGUUCACAGAGAACAUGUUUUUGCUUUGACAAAUUUGAGACGAGGGAAGUGAAUUUUUUUUUUUUUUACAUUUUUAAAAGUUCUUUUAUUUUUAGUUCCACGUUUUUAGAAUGUGCAACGGUCAAACACAUCAGUCUAUGGAGUUUAAAUAGAAAACAAUGAACAGUGUAAUGGAAAAACAUGAUUUGUGUAAAUGGUGUAAAUGAGAUUUGACUCCACGGAUCAAACUUUGCCAAAUACAGCAGUUGUUGUAGCAGCCUGGGAAGCUGCAGUGCUUGCGUUGGGAUGAAUUGUGGAGCCCUUUCGCCAUUGUCAUCCUGUCAUUUACUGUCCUUUUUACACUGUUUCUGUCAAUAAAAGUGUGAAAAGGAUAGAAAAAGAUUAGCGCUUGUCAUUUUAAGAACUCAGAACUCAUUGAAGUUUGCUGAUUUUUUUUGUAAUUUCAAUAUGCCCAUCACUCUAUUACAAUUCAAUCCAUUAUAAUGAAAUCUUCAAUGAUUUCUUCUAAUAAACUGAACUCCAGCUUUUCACAA